UAUUGAUAAUAUUGUGAUAAAUGACAACAUUGAGGUAUCAAAGUCAUAGAUACUGAAUACUUUCAAUAUGGUAAUAUUGCCAAAUGCCAAUGUCUUAUGCAGUUAUGCUUAUGUCAAUACGCUACAUGGCCAAAUUGCCAUUAUUUUUAUAUAUAUAUUGUACGUUUCAUUGUUAGUUUGAACAUUAAAUGUCUGUUUUGACCUUUAAUAUAAAAUAGAAUUAAGACUUUAGUUAACUUGAAGAAAUUCAUGUAAAAUUAAUUUACUGCUCAAUUACAUUGUUUUAUUGUUUUUGAUGUUCAUAAUUUUUAUAUGUUUAAAGAUUAAUUAUUAUAAUAAUAAUAGGUAGUACAAAAAUAGUAAGUUAUCCUUUCCUAAUUGUAUACCGCAUACAUUCAAUAAUUUACCUAUAUAUUAUGUUAAUACCAAACAUUUGGAAUGAGAAUAUUACUAUAUUAUAACAAUUUGUUUAAAAAUGUAUCAAAAUAAUAUAAUGCAUUUUUAAAAUUAAAUGGAAAAGAAACUUCUUUACAUUAGAGUAAGUAACUUAUUAUACAAAUAUAAUGCAGCCUCUAAGAUUGAUAAGCUUUUCAAAACUUUCAAGAUUAUUAUCAGAUACUUCGUCCAGAUUUGUACAUUUUAAUUCUCAUGAUAUAUUUUCCAAAGACAACUCUUUAAAAUCUGUGAAAUGUUUUAAGUCAUUAUGUCCUAAACUGAAUACUGAAGGGAAACGUCAAGCUGCUGUUCUUAUUCCAUUAUGUAUUGUUAAAGAUGAAAUAUCAUUACUGUAUACAUUAAGGACAAAUAAUUUAAAAAGAAAUAGUGGUCAAGUAUCGUUCCCUGGUGGAAUGCGUGAAACAGAUGAACAACUACAGGAUACAGCACUGAGAGAAUCUUGCGAAGAACUUGGAAUAAGCAAAACUAGUAUUGAUAUUUGGGGAAGUGGUAGAUUUAUUGUUUCUAAAGACAUAGCAAUUAUGCCAUUUUUAGGAAAUAUUGGUGUUAUAGAACCAGAGAAUUUAGAUAUUUCCAGUGAAGAGACAACAGUCAAACAGAUUAAUGAUGAUACCAGUGUACACAAAUGACUAUAAAAGAAUAUGGGGCAUGACUGCUUAUAUGACUUGGUUGGUAUUAAAAUCCAUUAUACCAGAGAAGUUUAAUCAAAAACUUACUUCCUCAUUAUAUGAAAGAAAUUAAAAAAUAUGAUAAUUGUAUUAUCUAUUAUAGUUACCAUUUUAAGUCUUUUAUUAACUUAGUACCUAAUAAGUAAUAAGAGUGAAAAUAAUGUAUUAAAAUAUGUAAUAUAUAACAGGGGCAGACUGAAAAUGAGAAUUGGCUCCGAGAAAACAGACAAUUUAGCCAAAUUUUGAGCUAAUAAAAAAAUAUUUAUAAGUUGUCAGCCCAAGUUGUCGAUAGGCCCAGGCUGGGAUCGCACACCCGCCACCCUAGCCAGUCCACCCCUUGAAUAUAAUAUACCAUUAUCAUUAUAUUGACUAUUUUUAGUAUGUGAAAUAAAUACUUGAUGUUUGUAGUUAUACCUUAUAAUUAUAAUUGAAUCUAUAAGUAAAUAGUGAUACAACAUUUUAAAAUGUACUAUGGCGCUAUGCAAUAUAUUUGUUAUACAUUUAUA